GUUGGGAGACAAAAAAUAGAUAAAAAAAUUGUUAAAAAUUAACUACUGUCUGCUACAUUUUCUUCCACUAUCCCAGCCGGCUACCAGAAAAGCUCUCCCAGCAAACAUCUCAGACUUUUCUCUCUCAGAACAUCUUCAUACAACCCACUCACCGAAUGCCUAUGUCCUUUAUUUGUCUUUUCUCUAACUAUUUCUCUUCAGCUUUUCCUCCCUAUAAUACCCCCCCUCUUUCUGUUCCCACACCUUAAUCUGAAUCAAAUUAAGCAUAUUAAUUAUAAUUUAAUUUUUUUGGGUGUCUUGGUGAUUUCUAAUGGAAGCCAAUCAGGUUGAAGACUCGAAGAGCUUGAGUGAAGAGAGUGAUGGAUCAGAGCAAAGCAACCAUGAUAUGGGCACUGGCCGGUCCUACGAGUGUGUGUUUUGCAAGAGAGGGUUCGCCACAGCACAAGCCUUAGGAGGGCACAUGAACAUCCACAGGAAAGAUAGAGCCAAAAGCAGGCCUAGUUCAGUUCCUAUAGUUUCAGGCAAAGUUGAUGAUCAUGAGAAUUACGCAAGCCUUAGGCUCUAUUCCUAUCCGCCAAUCCAAAGCUUUCAGCCACAUUACUCCAUAGCUCCUGAGGUACAUCUUAGUUAUCAGGCUUUUUUCCCAGCUUCAGCAGGUUGGGGUUUUAGACCCCCACACACCCACCAUGGCGAUGAAUUGUUUGUAGACAGUUCACGUCAUCUGAAUCCGUUUGGGGAGGAGGAUUGGCGUAGGAGUCUCAGCUUGCAAAUCGGUCCAUCCCAUGUAGAUGAUCAUGAAAACAAGGAGACAGAUGCAAGUUGUCAAGAAGAUGAAUUAGACUUGGAGCUUCGAUUAGGUCAUGAUCCAUAG